CGGAUCUGACGACGCCAAGAAAGGAGGAACGGACGGAAAGGGAAACGAGAAAAGGCGAUGGAGACAUCUACAGUGAAGAGAAGAGGCAGGAAGAAGGCAUCGGUCGAUAAAGAAGAGGUAGAGGGAGGCUCAGGAGCGAAAAACAGAACGAGGUCAGCAGUGAAGAAACUGGAGGACUUCUGGGAGAGGGAAACUGUCAGUAGGAAAGGACAGAAGGAGGCAGUCCCGAGAGAAGAGGCGGAAGAGAUGGGUAACAGUGGGAAAGGACAGAAGGACACAGACUUGAGAGAAGAGAUGGAGGAGAUGGCAAGAGUAUGAGGAAGGGAGAGGAACGAAAGGAGGGAAGUGAGGGCAGCAACGUGAACAUGGAGAAAGAGGCUACAAAAGACCUUCAGAGGACACCCGACGGAAAGGCGAAAGACAAAAACAGCGAGGAAGUAGGGAUAAGAGAAACACCCACGACGCGGAGGAGGCAGUGAGGAAGAGUGAGCGGAGGAUAGGGCAGGGGCAGAGGCAAGCGGAAAUGACGACAAGAAUGAGGUGGUAGAGGAAGAGGAGAAUAGGGACAGGUCACCAAGUUGUGUGCAGAGAACAUCAGGGAAUAAAGCAGAGGGAGGACAACAGCGGCUAGAGCCAGGGAGGAGCUCAACACAGGGAGAGUAGAACAGAAGGGGGGAGGCUGGAGAUAACAAUGACAGCAAAGGGGAAUCGACGCUGGAGGAGGAGGAUGAGUUAGGCUUUACCAAUUGGGAAAGACUCAAGAAAUGGAUGGCGAAUUGGGAUAGGAGGCAGAAAGAGGAAUGGGAAACCAGAAUGGAGGAUAUGGAGUUCCUGAUCAGGACAGAGGUAAGGAAAGCGAUGGGAAAUGGCAAGUGCGGGGAAUGUGAAAGAAGAAGGGAGGAAGGAGAGAGGACAAAGCACUGGGAAGACGACCAACUCAGAGAAGUACAAGAAAGAUUGAGAGAGGCGAAGGAGGAACCGGAAGUGCUGGCCAAAAGAGUAAAGGAAUGGAAGGAAAUAGCGACAAAAUGGAGAACAAGAGCAAAGGACCCAGAAGAGGAAGGCACGGGAAAAGGAAAGGAGGACAAUAAGACAUCGGACGAUGUUGAAUUCUGGGAGGAGGGAGACGAGGAUGAGUAUGGAGAGAAGGGACCGGUUGACAGCCAAAAUGGAGGAGAUCGCAAUAUCUCGAUAGAGGAGGACUGGGACGCGGAGAUCAGAAAAGGGGAGGAGGCAACAAAAUUCUAUAAUCCACCACCACGGGGACUGGAGGAGGCGGAAUGGCAGGCUGAGCAAGAGAAAUCCAGACGUGGCAAAAAAAAACAUCGUGAAACAGACAAUGCAAGCCAAGGUGAAUUGCAUGAGCGGCUGACUGCCAUGCAAGAACAAAUCAAUGCGAUGGAACACACAACCAACAAAUCCCUUCGCAAACAAAUAAACAGUCUUCAAACAAAAAUAAAAGAAUUGAAAGAGUCUUUCAAAAGCUUCCAAGAUGAUGUGGCUAACCAAUUGAGAGCAUUGGUUGAAGCUUGGCAAGAAUUGAAAGAUUCACCCGUUAGAGAUUUGGAGAAAUGCUUGGAAGACGGCGAGAAGGUACCUGCUGCAGGAUAUUGGAUGAAAAAUGCUGAUAAGGUCGAGAUGAUGCACAUGGGGCAAGGCAUCUGGCUUCCUAAGAAAGAAUAUGAUGAUGCCGCCAGAUCACCCAGUGAAGCUGCCUUCGUCAAAAAUAUUGCCAUAUCAAUCUGCGGAGCUGAAGUAAAAGAUCACACCGUGACUGGUCGGACAGCUCCUCGUACCAAAAUAACAAAAGAAGCUAUCCCAUCAAACAAGAUGUUAGCCAUAAGAGCCCCGUCGAAUGAUUAUGAAUUCAUCAAAGUUGAGAAGAGUGGAGAGAAACAAAAUGUUGCGGUGAUUACCCUUAACCGGCCGAAAGCUCUCAAUGCACUGUGCAAUAAGUUGAUGACAGAGUUGAAUACUGCUAUCGAAAAAUUCAGUAAUGAUGCGAGUGUUGGAGCUAUAGUUCUUACGGGAAGUGAAAAAGCAUUUGCUGCAGGGGCUGAUAUAAAAGAGAUGAUGAACAACACCUUCGCAAAUAACAUAACUCAGGGGUUUUUGGAAAAUUGGGACAGUGUCGCUAAAUGCAGAAAGCCAAUCAUUGCAGCUGUUAAUGGAUAUGCGUUAGGUGGGGGUUGUGAGGUUGCAAUGAUGUGUGACAUCAUCUAUGCAGGAGAUAAAGCCAAGUUUGGUCAGCCUGAAAUAAAUCUUGGAACAAUCCCUGGAGCUGGUGGAACUCAAAGAUUAACUAGGGCUAUUGGUAAGAGCAAAGCGAUGGAAAUGAUACUCACUGGUAAUCCAAUAACAGCUGAAGAGGCUGAGAAGAGUGGGUUGGUUAGCAAAAUCUUUCCAGCUGAUAAACUCGUUUCCGAGGCUAUCAAAACCGGUGAGAAAAUAGCAGCCCAAUCUCAGAUAGCUGUUGCACUAGCGAAGGAGGCUGUUAGCAAGGCCUAUGAGACAACCCUUAACGAAGGACUUCACUAUGAGAAAAGAAUCUUCCAAGCUACUUUUGCAACUGUCGACCAAAAAGAAGGUAUGGCUGCUUUCAUCGAGAAACGUCCUCCCAAAUUCACAAACAAGUAAAAAUAAAAAUUUCGCAUUUGCGACGCUCGUCUAAAUGAGAAUAAUUUUUAAAAAUGUGACAUAUUUUUAUACAUUUUAUAAAGAUGAUCAAAUAAAUAGAUUCAAUUCGUUGCGGUUUCUUUUCAAA